AUGCUGGGAGUGACUGUCGAUGGACACGUUGCGGCAUCUACUGGGCUUAUUCGUGCGGAACCAUCUGGGCUAACAAACCAAAAAGUCCCCAUUCCACUGAAUUGCAACGGCAAUCAUUGGUGCUCGAAUAUGCUGACCCUGGGUACUUGCGAGGCUUAUAUCUACGAUUCCAGUCCUUCAUCCUACUUACUUGGUAUCCGUGCAGUGGCACAAACGCUGAUUAACCUCCUACCUCGAGAGGUUGACGAGGGAUUUCGAGUGAGGAACUACGAGUCGGGUCUGGGUGUCCAGACAGACAGUUACAACUGCGGUAUAUAUGUAUUACUGGCAUUCGAGAUGUUUUGCGGUGCUGAGCCACUAGAUCUUCUGGACAAGAAGACGCUUCAGUGCAUGAGAUACCGCUACCUAUUACAGCGGCAGAAAAUGAAGGGGCUAGUAAUCAAGGUCGCAGGGUGCCUUCAGAUUUGA